AUGCGUCUACUCCUACCCUUCAUCGCUCUGCCUUUGACAGCUCUGGCUACGCCGCUAGGCAUCUCUGAUCUGUUCCAAAAUUCCGUUGACCCAAACGCAGGGAACUUCAGUUUCUCUUGCAAAGACAUCAAGCUCGACGGGAAAAAUAGGCCCAGCAAGGAUGGAGGUCAUGCAGUUCAGGACCUGGUUGCAACCUGCGCGGUCGGCGACGGGACCGAAAUUACCUCCAAGUUAAACCUGAAUCGUUGCUUUGGCCAUGGGAAUGGGAUCAACAACUAUUCUAAAUGCUAUCAGUUGACUUACGAGCCUACGUCGAGUCCAAAGAUUCUUUGUCAACGUGCUGAUGAUCCGAACGUAAUCCAGACAACGGUAUACAAUCUCGACGCCGUUAUAUCCAAUGACCAUGGCUUCAUCAAAUGUUUCGAUCAUAAGGGCGAGCGCAUUUAG